AUGAGAAUAAGAAAAUCAUGGUGCACAUUAUGUCGUGAGAAUUUUGAAGAAGGAGAUGAAUGUAUGCAAUGCAAACAAUGUAAGAAAAAAUUUCAUAGAGAAUGCUUACAAGCAGAAAAUUUAAUCGAUAAUAAUCAAUUAAAAGAUAUAAAAAAUUAUUUAUGUUAUCAUUGUAUGAAUGAAGAAAAUGAUAUUCCAGAAAAUGAAGAAAGAUGUAAAAUAUGUAGGGAAAAAUCAUCAAACCUUGUUUUAUUACUAUGUGAUGGAUGCCCUAAUAGUUAUCAUGUUACUUGUUUAGGUUUACAGUCAGAACCAACUACAGAAAAAUGGUUCUGCCCUGUAUGUAAACCGGAAGAACAUAAAAAUUUAGAUGUUAGAAGAAUGAGAAAAGGAUUUGUAAUUGAUAACAUGAAUGGUGAACAUGUUAAUUCGUCUACUUGCUAUGUUUGUCAGAGACAUGGAAAAUUAUUAGGUUGCGAUUUUUGUCCUAAUUCUUUUCAUCCAACAUGUUUACCUGACUUAGAUUUUGAUAAUAUCUCAGAUCAAUGGGAAUGUCCUUGUUGUAAAAAUGAAGACCCUUUAUUAAAUCAAGGGCAUAAAAGGUGGACAAAAAAUGAAAUUCAAGAAAUUAUGAAAAAAAGGCAAAGAGAAUUAAGUUUUUGGAGAUCAAAAAUUAUAAAAUAUAGAAAUAGAUUCUUAUUAGCUCAUAGAAAGGAUUUACAGCCUUUUGUAAAUCCUAGAGUAUUUGCAAAUUUAACAAAAAUAUUCAAAAAUGAUUUUUAUAAUUUAAAAAAUUAUAGUGGAAAUAAAAAAUCAAACAAAAAUAACAAUGAUUACGAUAAAACAAAUAUGAAAAAAGAUUUAGAUAUUGAUUCUAAGGAAUUUGAUGAAUACAUAUCUUCUUUAGAAGAUGAAGCAAAUGAAAACGCAAAUAAAUUUAUUGAAUCUGUGUUUUUGAGUGUUUAUUAUCCUAAUGGAAGAAAAAUUGAAAGAAGGCCAUUAGUCGAUAAUGUUCAAUUAAAACCACAUCAAGAAGAUGGUGUGGAAUGGUUACUAAAAUCUUUUUUAACUGGUGGUGCUAUUUUAGCGGAUGAAAUGGGAUUAGGAAAAACUAUACAGACUUUAUGCUUUCUUUCCUAUUUAAAAUGCAAUAAAAUUGAUGGACCCCAUUUAAUUGUUGUUCCUUUAUCUACUGUUGGAAAUUGGUUAAGAGAAAUACAUAGGUUCACACCUCAUCUUACUUGUAUUAAAAUUUGUGGAUCAAAAAAUGAAAGAACUCAUGCUAAAGAGGAUAGAUUAGCGGAAAAGGGAUUAUAUGAUUUAUAUGUAACUACUUACGAAACAGUUAAAAAUGAAGAAGAAUUUUUUGUAGAAACUAUACCUAAAUGGCAAUGUAUAGUAUUGGACGAAGCUCAUAGAAUAAAAAAUCAAAGUGGUGCUAUUAGACAUUCUAUGGAUAGAGUAGUAGGAAAUAUGCGAUUAUUACUGACAGGUACUCCUUUACAAAAUAAUUCUGCGGAAUUAUUUACUUUAAUUAAUUUUAUGUUUCCAGAUAUAUUUAAAAACUCUGAAAUAAUAGAGCAAGCAUUUAUGAAUGCAUCACAAAAUAGUAGUAAUCAGAAAAAUAAUAAUUUAAAAAAUAAAAAUAAUAAAGAUGAAAAAAAUAAUCAAAGUGUAAAUAAUUGCAGUAGUUCUAAAUUAAAUGUAGACAUUGGCAAUAUAGAUUUAAAGUCUGCUAUAAAAGAGGAAGAUUUAAAAUCUAUACGAUGUUUAUUAGAUAAAAUUAUGUUAAGAAGAUUAAAAGAGCAAGCAAUUACACUUCCAAGAAAAAUUUUCCAUGAUAUAUGGUUACCAUUAGGAAGUUUAUCAGCACAUUGGUAUAAAAGGCUCUUAGAUAUUAGAUCAAUGGUAGAAGAAAAAGUUAGCGUAAAAAAAUUAUUAGGUUUAGUUAUAAAAAUGAGAAUUAUAUGUGGUCAUCCCAAAGGAAUUGUUAGUAGGCCAACACAAAUGGAAAAGUUAUUUGCAUUUUUUGAAGAGGAAAGUGAAGAAAUUAAAGAACAAGUUAAAAAUGAUGCAAUGAAAUUAAAAAAUGUAUCAGGGAAAGAACAUAUAGAAUCUUCCUCAAAACUUAUAUUUAUAGAUAAACUAUUGUGUCAAUUGCAUUAUGAAAAUUGUAAAUAUGUUAAAAAUUAUUCCUCCAACUUUGAAAAACAUAAGAAAGAAGUUGCUGCCUACACAUAUCAUAAAAUUCAAGAGCAAAAUAAUACACAAAAAAAAAAAAGAGAACAUUCUGGAAAAUUUAAAAAAAUUGAAGCAUUAGAAAACAGUCCUUUAUUUAUGGAAAUUUACAAUAAAGGAAAAUUUGAUUUGAAACCAACUUCAGAAAAGGAAGAUUUAUUAAAAAAUUUUAUGCAUACUGUAUCUGUUGAUAAUGAAUGUCCAUAUAAAAAGAAAAGGUGUAUAUAUGAUAAAGUGAAAGAUCUUUUUAAAAAUGCUAAUAAUCCUAAUAACAAAAAAAACAUUUUUUUUAAAGAUGAUAAUAAUGAAAAUGAUCUUUCAGAUGAUCGAUAUAGUUGUAACAAUAUGAAUAAUAAUAUAGAUGAUAAUGAAGAAAAUAAAAAUGAAAGUGAUAAUUGUUUAAAUUCUUCAAAGGAAAAUGAGAGAAAUAACUUAUUCUUUGAUGAUGAAGAAGAUAAUAGUGAUUAUAAAAAAAGUAAUAGAACAGGUAAUGAUGAUAGUGAUGAUGGAGAAUUUACAAAAAAUUAUGAAAGUUCAUCUAAUAAGAAAAAAAAAAAGAAAAGAUUUAUCUCAGAGAAAAAUGUUAAUAGUAUGAAUUCUAAAAAAAAUAAAAAAGGAAAUAGCAAUAGCUUAUUUGAUAGCAAUGAUGAAAAUUCUGAUGAGGAAGAAAAGAAUGGAGAAGCAGAUAACAGUGAUCAGGAUGAAGAAGAAGAUGAAUUGGGUGAAGAAGAGUAUGAAGAAAAUGAUGAUGCAAAUAUCAAAAAAAAAAAACAUAACAGAAACAGUAAUGAAGACAAAAAACUAAAAGGAAAGAAUGUAAAAAGUAUCAAGAAAGAUGAUAAAAUUAUUUCCUUAAAUGAAAAUUGUAAAAUGAUGAAUAUUAGAGAAUUUUUUAAAAGUGAAAAGGAGUUAAAUAAUUCACGGAAAAAAAGUGAUACAUUAAAGAGAUUGGAUAAAUAUGAUAUAAAGAAGGAAGAGUUAGACGAAGCAAAAACGGAAGAAUUAAAGAAAAUAAAAGAAAAUAAAAAAGAAGAAAAUUAUUAUGAAAAUAAAACAGUAGAUGAAAAUGAAGAAAUAAAAAUAGAUUAUAAUAAAGAUAAAAAUGUGAAUAAUGAUUCCUACAAAAAAGAAGAAAUUAAACAAAAAGAAGAAAAGGAGGAAACUUAUGAAGAUGAAACUGUCAAAUGUGAUAAUGAAGAAAAAAAGAUAUCAACUGAUAAAAAUUGUUCUAAUGAAGAAAAUGUGGAAAAUAAUGAAAGCAUGAAAAAAGGAGAAAUAAAAAUGCAUAAGGUGUUAAUAUUUACUCAAUUUCAACUGGUGUUAGAUGAAUUAGAAGAAUAUUGUAAGUAUAGAUGUUGGAAAUAUAUGAGAUUAGAUGGGUCUACUAAUAAAUUAAUAAGAGAAUUAGACAUACGUGAAUUUAAUUUAAAUAAUAGCAUAUAUUUUAUUUACUUAAUAAGCACAAGAGCUGGUGGAUUAGGUAUUAAUUUAACUGCAGCAAAUCAUGUUAUUAUGUAUGAUGAAGAUUGGAAUCCUUUCAUAGAUUUACAAGCCAUUGAUAGAGCACACAGAAUAGGUCAGAGAAGGGAAGUAAAUGUCUGGAAGUUGAUGACUGAAUGGACUGUUGAAGAAAGAAUGGCAUUUCGAAGAGAGCAAAAAUUGAAAUUAGACAAAUUAGUAGUUCAAACUCAAGAUGAUGAAGAUUUGUUAGAUAAUUUUGAAGAAAAGUUGUCAUCUGAUGAAAUAAGAAAAUUAAUGUUACAUGGAAAAGCAGCUAUACAAAAUAUGAAUAUAGAAAAUACUAAUGACUUUUCUUUAGAAUUUUUUAUCGAAAGAGGAAGAAGAAAAUUGCCAAUAAUAAAUGGAAUAGAUUUAGAAAAAGAAGAAAAAUGCACCAUAGAAGAGGAAAUAAACAACAUAAAUGAAAAUGAUAUUUAUGUGGAAAAAGAUGAAAUUAAUGAUUCACAAAAUAACGAGGAUGAUAAUACAAUUGAUAUAGAUGAAGUUAUGAUAGAUGAAGCGGAAGAACCUGAAAUUAGGCAUAAUAAUACGAAUUUAACAGAUUGUAGUCCAACAUAUGCAGAAGGAAAUGAUCAAUUAUAUUUAAGUAAUCUUAAUAAAUCUAAAACAUCUCUUUCAAAAACAAACACAGCCACCAAUCAAUUUGCGUCAAAUAAUUUGGGAAGUGAUACGACAUUGUGGAGAUCUGUAAGAGAAAGAAAAAAACCACAAAAUAUGUAUACCCCUGAGUAUUGGGGAAGAAAACAGGAGGUAAAACAAAUAAGGCAUGAAUAUAGAUGCUUUAUUUGUAAUAAUACGAAAAAUUACAAAACUGUUGUUAAAGAUAGAAAUGGAAAUGAUAUAGAAAUAGAUUAUGGAGAUAUGAUAAAUUGUUUUCGUUGUCCUAAAACUUAUCAUAAGUUAUGUGAAGGAAUAAAAGAUGAAAAUGUUAAAAAAACAUGGACUUGUAGUUGGCACGAAUGUUGUUUAUGCUUUAGAAAAUCAUCUCAAUGUGGUAAUUUAUUAAUACAUUGUGCCACUUGUCCUACUAGUUUUUGUUAUAAUUGUUUUCCUCCAGAUUAUGUAAGAUAUUAUGUUGGAGAAGAAUAUUAUCAUAAUCUACGUCAAAGAGGAGUUAAUUUUACACCUCAAAACUGGGUAUGUUUUUUAUGUUCUAAAUGCAAAGCUGUAGAAGAACAAAAGAAAAGAAGGAAAAUGACUAAAGAAGAAAGAGAAAAUGAAAAACAAUUACAAAAAGAAUUAAGAAGUCAAUUGCAAGAUAGCAAACAAGAAGAAUUAGAAGCCAAAAAAAGAAAGAGAGCUCAACAAAUGGAAAGAGAUAAAUUUAUUAUAGAGAAUAGGAAAAGAAUAGAUGCUUUAGACCAAAAAUAUGAAACUCAACUAAGAAAUGCAUAUGAAAAUUUGUUUCCAGUUAAUUUUGUAAAAGAAUUAGUCAAUAGAAUAGAACAUGCAAAAAUGUUAAAACAAAAAGGAAUUGAUGAAGAUAAUAAAGAAGUCAAUAAAAAAAAAUCCACUACAUUUCUACAUACAAAAUUACCACAUAAACUUUUAGUCUUAUGUGAAAAUUGUAAAUUGCCUUGUCAUGCUAAUUACAAAUAUCCAGGAAAAUGCUGUUUUCCUUUAGAAUUAGAUAAAUCUUAUUUUUAUGCCAAUUCAUCAUUUAGUCAAUCUAAUAAAGAGAGUACCGAUAAAAAAAUAACUACAAAAAAUGAUACUUCCAAUGAGCAAAAAGAUAAGGAGGAAAAAAAAGAAGAGGAAUGUAAUAAAGUAAAGGAAGAAAAUAUGAAUACAGAAAAAGAAUGUGAAAAUAAUAUAAAAGAAAUAAAAAAAGUAAAAGAAGAAAAUGAUAGCAAAAUAAAUAAUGUAGAUGAAAAAGAAGAUACAAAUAAAAAAUUAGCAUGUGAUUCAAAAAUAGAGAACAACAAAAAUGACGAAGACAUUACAUUAAAUAAUUCAUUAACCUACAAAAAUAGUAAAGUUAUCAAUACCAAUGGUGAAGAAAGCAAAUACUUUAAAGAAGCAAUUACAGAUGUUGCAAAAGACCAAAGUGAUCAUAACAAUAAUAAAAAUGUGAAAUGUGAAAAGGAAAAUGAACAAAAUGAUAAUAAUAAUAAUAAUAAUAAUAAUAAUAAUAAUAAUAAUCAUGAAAAAGAAGAAAUUAAAGGAAAUGAAGAAGAUAAUGAAGAGGAUAACUUUAAUGAGAAAAAACAAAAUAAUAUAGAAAAAUCUAAUAGUGAGGAUAAAUAUAAAAUUAAUUUAAACGAAAAUAUUAAAAUUAAUGCUACAACAGAUAAUGGAAAUGAAAUAAAAACAGAAAAUACUGAUAAUCAAGUAAUUACACCAAGUAACAAUGAUAAUAAUUCUAUAUCUAAUUCUAAAGGAAAAACGAGAAGAUUUUUAAGAGCUGUAUGCUCAAAAUGUGGUACAGUACAACUAGGAAAAUUAGCUCAUUUUAGAAAACAUUGUGAUAAAUUAACAGAAGAAGAAAAAAAUGAAUAUGAAGAAAAAAGAGAAAAAUUAAAGCAAUUAAUUGAAUUAUUAAAUAUGAAAAAAAUUGAAGAUGAACACACGGAAGAAGAAUAUAAAAAUAUGUCCAUUUUUAAAUUCAAAAGUCUUUAUAAUUAUUUUCAGGAUAAAGCAGAUGAUAUAUUAGAAGAAUGUAUUCGUGAAAUGAAAUGGGAUAUUUUAAUAUCUACUAAAAAGAAAGUAGUAAAAAAAGAAAAAGAAUCAAAAAAAAAUUACAAUAAAAACGAGGAAGAUAAAAAUGAUGAUAACGCAAACUCUAAUUCAAAAUCGAAAUUAACUCACCUUUUGUAUAGCCAACCAUUAACAAUAAGUUCUGAUUGUUCAGAAACAAAAGAUAUCAUAGAAAUAAAAAGUGAUAUAACAGAUGAAAUGAGGGAAAUAAUAAAUGAUGAAAUUUCCUCAUAUGCAGGAAAAAGAAAAAAAUAUUCAAAAAAUACGAAAAAAGUAAAGAAAAAAAAAAUAAAUGAUAAUAUUGUAGAGCCAAAUCUAAAUAAUUUACAAAAUGAAAAUGAGUUACAAAACUUAAUUAUAAAUCCAUUCCAUGAACAACUCAUAAAGGAUACACAUAAUGUAAAUUUCAUAAGGGAAUCAUUCAACGAUGAAUUUUUAAAUAAAGCUAAAGAAUUCCUUAGAGUAACAAAAAGUAAAUUAUUAAACACCUCUUUUUCUGAAAGUAGUGAUGCAGAAAUAUUAGGAUCUUCUGAAAAUAAUCAAAAAUUAAAUCAAGAUGACAUAGAAAAAUCCAUUAUUCAGGAUUAUCUUAACAAAAUGAAGAAUUCAUUAAAUGAUAAUACUUCACAUACAAAUAAAGAUAAUUUUAAUAAUAAUUUAAACGAGUUAAAUUAUACCAAUUCAUGUGCAAAUGACAAAGAAAAUAUAGAUGAUUACAAAAAUGAUAUAUAUAAAAAUUCUUAUGAAAAUACUAAUUAUUGUAUUUAUUCAAGUAAAUCUAACUCAUGUAAUAAAGAUCCUACUACUAAUACAAGUAAAAGUAAUGAAAAAAUAGAGGAGUUUAAUAGAAAUUCAAGUUAUUCUUUAAACGAUCUUAAUAGUGAUAUUUAUAAUAUUGAUAAAAACAUUGAUCCAGAAGAAAUAGAAAAGAAAUUGUUAAAUUUAUGUUCAAAAACAAAUUUAAUGAAUAAAAAUAACUUUCUCAGUGAUGAUAAGGAAGAAAAAAGUAUUAUAAUAGAAGAUGAAAAUAAUUUUCUUUUAAAAAAAAAUGAAAAAAAUUUUCAAAAAUGUAAAGAAGUUUCAUUAGAUGAUAGUGUUGAUUAUGAUAUUAAAAAAAUAACAAAUAGUUCAGAAGUAAGUGGUGCAAAUAAAGUACAAGAAUAUAUUUUGUAUAGAAGAAAAAAAACUAGUAAUAGUACUAACUCAAGUAAUAUGAAUGAUACCAAUAAUGAUGACAAUGAUAAUAAUAAUUGUACAGAUAGUAAUAAUAUUUUUCAACAUUUAAAUUUAGAAGAUGUGAAAAAUUUUUUAAAAAGUGCUGAAUUAAACAAUAAUGAAAAACUGCCCGAAAUAAAUUAA